AUGUCCCUUUUGCCAAAUGGAGGAUUAAAGCCUCCUCUCCCUCCUCCUAAGGGUAACCAGAUCGGGGGCAGCCGAUGUUUGUUUACUUCCAUGUUUACAGAUUCAGAUCCUUGCACACCUGAUGCUCCACCUGCUGCCACUUCACCACCAACCUCUGAAGAACCUGGACCUUUCACAGCUCCAGCAUCACCCUGCUCUUCCUCUGACACUGGUACUGCAUCAUUUUCACCACCGUUACCUGCCUGUGUCGCAGCCUUAUGUCCCAAACCACCUCCUAUUUCACCAUCAACAUCCACUUCUGCUGCCACUGUUCUCCCUGGACUUCCUUCUCUUCCCGCACCACCUGCCUCUGCUCCAUCCCUGCACCCUGGAAUUUAUUUGCCAAUAGUCCCACCCAGCGGUGCCACCCAUCUCAUCAACUGGCUGCCCUUCCUCGCUUCGGCAACACUUGCCACCAUCCAAGGGAAGGAGGAAGACCAGCCACCCAUAAGAACAGGCCCCCUGGAAGGCAUGAAGCCCUGCAGCAGCCCACCCCCACAGCCCUCCCAUGAUGAGAAUCCCCAGGCAGCACCUAUGGGAAACAGUGCUCCGGGGGCUGCUUCCCCACCACCAGCUGCCCAUGCCAUGCCCCCGAGCUCCGAGCAGGCGUCGGCAAACGUGAGCGACAUCCUGGCCGAGCUGCGGACGAUGAACAGCCACCUCUCCACCAUUGCCCGAGCCCUGACCCAGCUGGCAUCGUCCCUGGCACCGCAGCAGGAUGCACGUGGCACCCCCCCUCCUUAG